GUAUGAUGCCAAAAUGUAAUCAAUUCAUGAAAAAUAUAAGUUAAAAAGUAAACUUUGUGUUCUGCUCGUCCAGGUUUUGGAAGUUAAACAUUGUCACAUUCACAUGCAAAACGAUAAAUAAUGCAAUGGACUUAUUCUGCUUAUUAACUGUAUUGGCAAAACUUGUACUUAUACACGUGCAGGAUGUGUCAUCUCUUGUUGAUUGUGGCGUAUCCUUACAAAACGUGACGACUGAUGAGCCAUGUACAGAGGUUGAUUUUGAUUCAGUUGUGACCCCUAACGUAACAACAGAAGGAGCCAUUAAAACUUUUCUGUGCAAAAACUUGCUUACACGCACCAGAGCGAAAAUAGACUACUGUCCAGUAGAAUUAUGCCAAUCAGACGGAACAUGGAGAUUACCGAGUUUGUCGUGCGCAAGUAGUGAAUGUUUCAAUGGAACAUCUGAAGAUUACAACGGACGUAGAAUAUGUACUACCACAGGGAAGCACUGCCAGCGCUGGGAUACUCAAACACCAUGGUCACAUCCGUACACAAAUGAUUCUAUGUUUUCCGACAUAAACAUAAUAGAAGCCAGCAAUUACUGCCGGGACCCUAACGGAACCAGAGGAGCACCUUGGUGCUAUACAGAAGAUAACAGUACAGAAUGGGAAUUUUGUGACAUCCCAGAUUGUUCAGCUGCCACAGUAUCGCAAGGGAAAUGCCAAGGAGAUUAUUGCGGGGAUCCAGAUUCUCCCAUUUCUACAGACAAUAUCUGUAGUCAAACCAAAUUGGAAGAGGGUUACACAAGGAAUAUUGGGUCCGUAAUGAAUUACACGUGCCAGACACUUUUAGAUGUGUUCUCUUCGUUGGUCAGUUAUUGUCCAGUUAGGACGUGCCAAGCUAAUUUCUACUGGACCUCGGCUUCUCUUUCUUGCGGAGAGAAUGAAUGUUAUGAAGCAGGCAAGUCCGAGAAUUACACCGGUAAAAGAACUUGCAGUGCUAGCGGAUAUACCUGCCUAGCCUGGAAUACACAGUCGCCGCAUGCACAUAACUUUACGUCCUCCGACUUCCCAGAUUCUGACAUAAAUGCAGCUGGUGCGUACUGCCGAGAUCCUGGUGGUAGUGAAGGACGACCAUGGUGCUUCACAACAGAAACACCUCCCGCUUUGGAAUAUUGUGAUAUCCCAGAAUGUUCAACUUUGACAGUGAAUCAUGGAAAUUGUCUUCCUCCACCUGAUUGUGGCGUUUCCUCACAUAAUGUGACGACUGAUGAACCCUGUACAGAAAUUGAUUUUAAUGCGACUGUGACGCCAGACGUGACAACAGAAGGUGCCAUCAAAACGUUUUAUUGUGAAAACUUGCUUACACGCACCAAAGCAAAAAUAGACUACUGCCCUGUAGAAAUAUGCCAGUCAAAUGCAACAUGGAGAUCAGCGAGUUUGUCGUGCGCAAGUAGUGAAUGUUAUAAUGGGACAUCAGAAGAUUACAUAGGACGUAGAAUAUGCACUAGCAAUGGUACGCUCUGUCAGCGGUGGGAUACCCAAUCUCCAUGGUCGCAUCCUUAUAUCUAUAAUUCUAUGUUCCCUGACAAAAACAUCACAUACGCCAGUAAUUACUGCCGGGACCCUAAUGGAACCAGAGGAGCACCUUGGUGCUAUACAGAAGAUCCCAGUACAGAAUGGGAAUUUUGUGACAUCCCAGAUUGCUCAGUUGUCACGAUUGCGCAAGGGAUAUGCCCAGGAAACUACUGCGGGGAUCCUGAUUCUCCCGUCUCUACAGACAAUAUCUGUAGUAAAACCAAACAGGAAGGCGGUUACACAAGGACUGUUGACUCGAUCAUCAAGUACACAUGUCUGUCAAUGUUGGAUGGGUUCUCUUCACUGGCCAGCUAUUGUCCAGUUAGGACAUGUCAGUCUAAUUUCUACUGGAAUUCUGUUUCUCUGUCCUGUGGAGUGAAUGAGUGUUAUGAAGCAGGCAGCUCCCGGAACUACACUGGUAAAAGAAACUGCAGUGCUAGCGGAUAUGCCUGCCUAGCCUGGAAUACACAGUCGCCGCAUGCACAUAACUUUACGUCCUCCGACUUCCCUGAUACUGACAUAAACGAAGCUGGUGCGUACUGCCGAGACCCAGAUGGUAGUCAAGGACAACCUUGGUGCUUUACAACAGAAACCGAUCCCGUCAUGGAAUAUUGUGAUAUCCCAGAAUGCUCGACAUUGCCAGUAAAUCAUGGAAAGUGCACUCCUCCGGCUAAUUGCGGUGUCUCCCCACACAAUGUGACGGUAGAUGAACCUUGUACAGAACUUGAUCUUGAUGCAAUCGUCACACCAAAUGUAACAACAGAGGGAGCAGUCAAAAUAUAUUCGUGUAAAAACUUACUGACGCGCACCAAAGCAAAAAUAGACUACUGUCCUCUAGAAUUAUGUCAAUCAAACGGAACUUGGAGAUCAGCAAGUUUGUCUUGCGGAAGUAGCGAAUGUUUCAACGGGACAUCCGAAGAUUAUAUCGGAAGCAGAAUAUGUACUGCUUCAGGUAAGAUCUGUCAACGAUGGGAUCAGCAAAGUCCAUGGUCGCAUCCUUACAUAUAUAAAUCUAUGUUCCCCGACAAAAACGCAACAGAAGCCAGCAAUUACUGCCGGGAUCCUAACGGAGCCAGAGGAGCACCCUGGUGCUAUACAUCAGAUCCCAGUACAGAAUGGGAAUUUUGUGACAUCCCAGAUUGCUCAGCUGUCACGGUGUCCCAAGGGUUAUGCCCAGGAGAUUACUGUGGGGAUCCAGAUUCUCCCCUUUCCACAGACAAUACCUGUAGUAACACAAAACUCGAAGGCGGUUACACAAGGAAUAUUGGCUCUUUAAUGAAAUACGAAUGUCAGACUCUCUUAGUUGGCUUCUAUUCGCUGGCCAGCUAUUGUCCAGUUAGGACAUGCCAGGAUAAUUUCCACUGGACUUCUGCUUCUAUUUCUUGUGGAGUGAAUGAGUGUUAUGGAGCAGGCCAGUCUAGGAACUACACUGGUAGAAGAAACUGCACGGCAAGCGGAUAUACCUGCCAAGCGUGGAAUACACAGUCCCCACAUGAACAUAACUUCACGUCCUCGGACUUCCCCGAUAACGAUAUAAACGAAGCUGGUUCGUACUGCCGAGACCCAGAUGGUAGUCAAGGACAACCUUGGUGCUUUACAACAGAAACAGAUCCAGCUAUGGAAUAUUGUGAUAUCCCACAAUGUUCAACUUUGCCGGUAAAUUUUGGAAUAUGCCUUCCUCCACCAUAUCGUACUCACGGACUUGUGUAUAAACGACUGAAUGUUGACAGGCCCGGGUUCGACAUGCAGACUUCCAUACCUUUUACAAGAACACCCACGUCAUGUUGUCUCCUCUGUAACGAAUAUCCGUUUUGUGUAAUGGUAACAUUUAACAAUACAGAUGGACUUUGUAUGCUGUACCAAGAAAACGCUGCCGUUUUAGCGAGUAUAGAGUGCAGUAUCAGAAAAUGUUACUUGAUAGAGUACCUCAUAUGAACGAUUUAUUUCGUGUAUACCGUCACCACUACCAUGUCCACGGAAUAAAAAGAUUAUGUUUUUUUCCAAAUUUUGCAUAAUAUAAGCUUUCAAUCGGAAGAUAAUUUUGUGUCAGAGAAUA